CGGAGUUGUUUUUCGUAUUUUUCUUCCCCUCAAUUUCUCAAAAGAAUUGGGGUGGUUUUCUCGAAUUCUUUUGCUUUUCUUCCCUUUUUUUUUGCUCACAAAAAGAAUGGACUCACUGUUGAAGGGUCGUUGUCGUGGUCUCAUCCCACGAUCAAAAAUGGAGAUGAGUUGCAGUCAUUAUUUGGUGGGAACUGCUCGCCUUUACAAAUUCGAAAAAUCAAAAAUAAAAAGGAAAAACCAGAAAAAAAAAAAGCAGGUACUGUUGCAGAGCACAUAUAUAUAAAGAGAGAUGGCAUGUAAAAAAAGGGUAACUUUCAAAAAUUUAAAAAUUCCCCCAAUUUUUCAGCGGCGCCUCUCUUUUAUCCCUCCCAUCGUUAACACCGUCCGCCGCCAUCUCCCUCCUUCCUUAACUGGACCUGAUUAUUACCUGUUUCGAUUUUCAUCUCUUUUUAUAACCUCCUUUCAACUGAGCAACGAGACAAUUUUACUUUGGGCGGAACAAUUUUGCUCCCGAGAGUUGGAGAAGAAAAGGGUAAAAAAAAAAGCCUCCCGUGAACUUUUUCCAUCCAAUCGCGAAUAGGUAUUUCGAGACCAACUCAGUUAUUUGGACUUGAAUUCCACACACUGCAAAGAUUAAAACUUUCAAGUUUCAACUGUUCUAUCAGGUGGCUAAUUCCGUGCUUAUUGGCCAACAAAAAUGGAUGUAAAUGGGAAAGACGAGCUGAAGGUGCCGCUUUUGCAGCAUCCAAACGAUGUUGUCAUCAAUGUUUCGCCUCCUAAUAAGAAGUUGAGCAACAAAACCAGGACUCUAGUCUUCAAAGUGCUUGGUAUAACGUGCGCAUCCUGCGUGGCCUCCAUAGAAGCUGCUCUUGGAAAACUGGACGGCGUGCAGAGUGUAAUGGUGUCUGUGCUUCAAGGUCAGGCUGUUGUGAAGUAUGUGCCAGAAGUUGUCACUGCUAAAAUGAUUAAAGAAGCUGUGGAAGACACAGGGUUUGAAGUUGCUGAGUUUCCUGAGCAAGACAUUGCCAUGUGCAGGGUCAGACUUAAAGGAAUGGCAUGCACAAGCUGCUCAGAGUCGGUAGAACGUGCCUUAUCAAUGGUGGAUGGAGUGAAAAAAGCCAUGGUUGGUUUAGCUCUUGGAGAAGCCAAAGUCCAUUUCGAUCCAAACAUGACCAGUACUGACCACAUUCUUAAAGCAGUAGAAGAAGAUGCUGGAUUUGGAGCUGAACUUAUAAGCACUGGCAAUGACUUGAGCAAAGUACAUCUUAAGCUGGAAGGAAUCAAUUCUCUGGAUGAUUUUACUGCCAUUCAAGCUGCACUCGAGUCUUUGGAAGGCGUUAAUCACGUUGAAUUAGAUGUGGAGGAGCAUAAAUGCAUCAAGGAAGCUGGCAGUGGACCCAACUCUUAUCAAGCAACUCUUUACAAUCCACCAAGAGGAGGAGAGGCUGAGAGGCAGCACGAAGUUCUUGUUUAUCGGAAUCAAUUCAUGUGGAGUUGUCUAUUUUCAGUUCCUAUAUUUGUUUUCUCUAUGGUGCUUCCGAUGCUCCCACCUUAUGGGAAUUGGCUGGAAUACAAGGUUAUAAACAUGCUUGAUCUUGGGAUGCUUUUGAGAUGGAUCCUUUGCACACCUGUGCAGUUUAUCAUCGGAAAAAGGUUUUAUGCAGGAUCAUAUCAUGCCCUGAGGCGAAAAUCUGCAAAUAUGGAUGUUCUGGUUGCCUUGGGCACUAAUGCUGCUUACUUCUAUUCUAUAUACAUCAUGUUAAAAGCAUUGACUUCGGAUUCUUUCGAGGGACAGGAUUUUUUUGAAACUAGUUCUAUGUUAAUAUCUUUCAUCCUUUUGGGCAAAUACCUGGAGGUUUUGGCGAAAGGGAAGACAUCAGAUGCAUUAGCAAAGUUAUCAGAACUAGCACCUGAUACAGCCUGUCUUUUAACUCUAGAUGCUGAAGGAAAUGUCAUUUCUGAAACUGAAAUCGAUACACAACUCAUUGAAAAGAAUGACGUUUUAAAGAUUGUUCCUGGGACGAAGGUUCCUGUUGACGGAAUUGUUAUUGAUGGUCAAAGCCAUGUGAAUGAGAGCAUGAUUACAGGAGAAGCUCUGCCUGUAGCUAAAAGACCUGGUGAUAAGGUGAUUGGUGGGACAAUGAACGAGAAUGGGUGUAUACGCGUUAGGGCCACUCAUAUAGGUUCAGAAACAGCCUUAUCACAGAUUGUUGAGCUAGUUGAAGCUGCUCAGCUUGCCAAAGCACCUGUGCAGAAAUUGGCUGACCAAAUUUCUAAGUUUUUCGUACCAACAGUUGUCCUAGCUGCUUUUCUGACAUGGCUGGGGUGGUUUAUUCCUGGAGUAGCUGGGUUGUACCCUAGAGCCUGGAUACCCACGGCAAUGGAUGCAUUUGAGUUUGCCUUACAGUUUGGUAUUUCUGUAUUGGUGGUAGCCUGCCCUUGUGCCCUGGGGUUAGCAACUCCAACUGCAGUAAUGGUUGCCACUGGGAAGGGUGCUUCUCUAGGUGUGCUGAUUAAAGGUGGAACUGCCCUUGAGAAAGCACAUAAGGUUAAGACAGUAGUCUUUGAUAAAACCGGAACACUGACAUCUGGAAAACCAGCUGUUGUUAGUUCCGUGCUCUUCUCCGAUGUGCCAAUGGAAGAUUUUUGUGACAUGACUAUUGCUGCUGAGGCAAAUAGUGAGCACCCCAUAGCAAGAGCUGUCGUGGAGCACGCCAAAACAUUACUUCAGAAGCACGGGUCCCACCACGACCAAUUCACCGAAGUGACUGACUUCAAGGUCCACCCUGGCACUGGGGUGAGUGGCAAAAUCGGAGAUAGAGAAAUCCUGGUUGGGAACAAAAGGCUUAUGCAGCUAUUUAAUGUCCCGCUUGGCAGCGAGGUGGACAAAUACAUUUCCGAAAACGAGCGUCUGGCUCGUACGUGUGCCCUUGUGGCCAUCCAAAGAAGACCUGCUGGGGCUUUUGCUGUGACUGACCCUGUGAAGCCCGAAGCCUCUCUCGUCGUAUCUUAUCUGCAUUCGAUGGGCGUCUCGAGUGUGAUGGUCACGGGUGAUAACUGGUCUACGGCCAAUGCAAUAGCUACUCAGGUGGGCAUACGCAAAGUGUUUGCCGAAACGGACCCACUCGGGAAAGCCGACAAGAUAAAAGAGUUGCAGUUGCAAGGAACGAGCGUGGCAAUGGUGGGAGAUGGGAUAAACGACUCGCCGGCACUGGUGGCCGCUGAUGUCGGCAUGGCGAUCGGUGCCGGCACUGACGUGGCAAUCGAGGCUGCUGACAUCGUGCUGAUGAAGAGCAGUCUAGAGGAUGUGGCGACUGCCAUAGACCUCUCGCGCAAGACAAUGUCCCGAAUACGAAUGAACUAUGUGUGGGCCCUUGGCCUGCAUGGCGGCCUCAUCUAUAAGCGUGGUUUGCUCUUCGCUCCUGCUGCAGUAUUACAGGAAGCCUUUGCGUCCAGCCCUCCAUUUAGAAUUUUAGUUGUUUAUAAAGGUAUUAUACCUUUAGACCAAUCAAUGUGUGGAAGGGCCUACAUUUCAUAUCUUGAGGCGCCUCGGUCGACUGCAGCUGAUAACUGGUCAUAG